GGCGUCGGGUUGCAGCCUCGGGCUCCGCGGCCGGCGCGGCUUUCUCCGGGCAACGAGGGCGCCACAAACAGAGUCGCCGCAGAAACCACCGCGGGCUGUCAAGGGGGGGAAAGAAGAAGGAGAAGAGGAGAGAGAUUUUCAGAGCUGGGGGGAAGUGUUGCAGUUGGCAGCGUUUGCAGAGGGCGAGCCUUUGCCGUCCCGAAGGCCCCGCUUGCAGGGACCUCUGGAUGCCCCAGGCCAGAGAAGAUGGACACCUUCAGCACAAAGAAUCUGGCUCUCCAAGCUCAGAAGAAACUCCUGAGCAAGAUGGCUUCCAAGAGCAUGGCCAGCAUUUUCAUUGACGACACCAGCAGCGAGAUUCUGGACGAACUGUACCGGGUAACCAAGGAAUUCACCCAUAAUCGCAAGGAAUCCCAGAAGAUCAUCAAGAACUUGAUCAAGAUUGUCAUGAAGUUGGGGGUUCUCUACCGCAAUGGACAGUUCAACUCGGACGAGCUGCUACUGAUGGACCGUUUCCGCAAGAAGGUCCACACUUUGGCCAUGACUGCUGUCAGCUUCUACCAAAUAGAUUUCACCUUCGACCGCCGGGUCAUGUCCACUAUGCUCAACGAGUGCCGUGACCUCCUGCACCAAGCAGUCAACACCCACCUAACAGCCAAAUCCCACUGCCGCAUCAACCAUGUCUUCAACCACUUUGCGGACUAUGAGUUCCUCUCAGCACUCUAUGGACCCACCGAGCCAUACCGCAUGCACCUGCAGAGGAUAUGUGAAGGACUCAACCAGAUGCUCGAUGAGGACAACAUAUGAGUGUCAAAUUCACACCAGCUUUGGCUUGGCUCAUGAACCGAGGAGACGCCGAGAGACAUCCAUUGACUUUGAUGGUGCCCGCUUUGUACCUCUGUCUCUAUACGGUGCUAAAAUCUAAUCCCCUCUUUCUCCCUCUCUGGUUUUAUAAUGUUUCAGAACUUCUUGCUCUAGCAGUGGCAGCUGGAAUCUCUUCCCUUUCCUUCCCCUGAAAUUAAAUCCGUUCUGCGAACAGCUUGUAUCUCCAUCAGAUGGAACCGAGGGAAGAAAAAGAAUUAGGAGCAUCUGUGGAUUUGAGCCCGUGCUAAUCUUGUGCCUUAAAUAAAAGUCACCUUUGUAGAUAAGACCAAAAGUCUAUGUAACCUGGCAUUCUGGCCUGUAUCCUUCCAUUCCGUACAGCAAGUUCAAUGCCUUCCUUCGGGCAAAGGGGCCUCCCUCCAAUGGAAGAAGCUGAAGAGAGGCUUCCAUUGUAGAGAAGUCUCCAAACUGGGCUUGGGUGGAGUGGUAUGAUGCAAGCGCCGGUCUUCAGUAGCAGCCAGCCAGAUGCCCAUAGCAACGCCCUUCCCUUAUGGUGCAUUUCCAGCAUCUGGAAUUUGAGAGGUAGACUGCCUGCAAAUGUGGAAGCUCCAUUUAGCUAUCAUCGCUGUUGAUAGGCUUCUUCUCCACAGAUGAAGUCCUGUUAGAUUAGACCAUUUAUUCCAAUGUCUGUUUCUGACAGCACUCACCCAGAUGUAGCAGGUAAACAUGACAUGAAAGCUAUUGGCUAUCCCCUUAAGUGCUUAAUUUUGAGUGUUUGGUAUUCAGAGAUGGACUGCCCCUCCAUGUGGAGGUUUUAUUUAGUAGGUACAAACGGUAGCUGUAGGCAGACGUCUCUGUGAAGUCAGGGUAGGCAGAUUGUCAAAAUAUUAUGUGGUUAAGGCUACCGAGUUGCAAUCAUAGAAUCUACAUGAUUUAACAGGUCUCACGAGAACUGUCCUUUAAACCUAGUGUUCUGUUUCAGACAAAAUUCCACCUAAGAGGGCAAGUCAUGGGUGUCUUAUCCCCUGCUCUUGGUGCCUGGCAGUAUAGCGCUUCUGGACAUGGAUAUUCCAUACCUAGCUACAGGAACUUGUAGCAAUCCCUAAACUUACCCCCAUGGAUCUGUCCAAUCCUUUUUAAAAAAGCUGUUGGUGGCACUUGCUGUCGUAGGACCUUGUGGCGGUGAGUUCCAUAGGUGGUGUACGUUACGCAUCCUUUUUUCUGUCUUGAGCCUGCUGUAAUGGUCAAUGCGUUCAUUUUUCUACUAUUCUUGCGGAGUUAAGUCUGUACAAAUCCAGCCAUGUAAAUAAGUUACUCUUCUCUCGGAAUAUUAGAAGCCAGUUUCUAUGCUCAGCGGACUCUUGGGGCUACGUGCCUCCUAGAUCAUACCACUUCACACUGCGGGGGGUUGCUUUGCCCUCCGAAUAACAGCAAGAAUACAGUCCCACACAGAGAAAAACUAGCACGGCCAAGUACUAGGCUGGCCUCUUGCCUCUGGUUUUUCCAUUCUAUGUUUGGAGAUUUAGACAGCUGUAACUCUGCUCAGGAUGGAAGACAAGUGGAAGGUUAUGGAACUCUCCUCUGGAGGGCAAGUGGAAGAUAAACUCUUCUGGAAGAUAAGUGGUGGAAUAGCACUUACUUCCCAUCAGGGCCUGACUUUGGGGUACUCAAGGCUUCUCUUUCCAAAGCUAGUUCAGUGGGCAAAUGAAAACACUGUUCCAAACUUUCUGCUUUCAGAAAACCUCCCCGCCCCAUUGACUUACCUGCCGUGUAACCUGCAAGUCUCUUGCGGCGCUGGCAAUGAUCCCAGGCAAUAUUCCAAGUCACACAAGCAGAUUUUGACACCUGCCAAGGUCCCACACCGACAGCAUCCACCUCCAGUUUCUCAGUAGAAGUCUCUACAGGCAGCGGAAGACGCUGAGUACGAGAGAAUCACAUUUUACCACCACCUCACGAUGAGGCCUCUGUAAGACCAUUUUUUCUUGGUCCUUUUAGACUCUCCUCCUAGCCCCAGUGGGAAGAAAGAAGGUCGGCUUCCUCAUCGAAA